UAUAUAUAUAUAUAUAUAUGCUUGAGUUGUGUUUGUCGUUCUUGCUUCUGGCUGCUUGUGGAAUACAUUUCCCUCUUGUGCACCUGGACUCCUUUCUCUGGUUAGCGGGGCUGAGACACAUCGGUACAGUUGGUUUAUUUGGUCAUUGUGUCACUGAGUCUUCGUUCCGUUUGCAGAUUAAGUGAACUUUUAAUCUCUUCAAACAUAGCAGUUUCUGAGCUGGGAAUCUACAAAUAUCGUCAAAUAUAUGAUUCACCAGGUCAGAGUAUUGUUCCUCAAGAGCUUGCAGAAACCCAAUGCUCAUACACGAAGCACGUCGCAAAGUCACAAGCAACAUAGUCCUAUAUUUUGAAAGUGCCCUACACACACUCAGUCCUUAUUAGCACUUUUUCGUGGACUGAUAACUUGCCUAGAAACUGGUUCGUUCCUCACUAGUUUUUCACUUCGAUAGACACAGUCUCAUGUUAGCUGUUGACCAAAGUAGGUCCUUACUCCCUUCUUUCCGUCGAGAUUUAGGAGACAAUAUUUUCCAUUGGUUUGUAAUCGAUUUUAUCCAACUCUUCCAGGUGGGGUCUUCGUGUUUACCAGCCUGGUUUAAGCUCCAGGUAUCCUCAUUUCAUCUAACUACUUUCUUUAAAACAGCACCGCAUACAUAAUGGUUAAGAAUGGGACUUUCAUACCAAGGACUAUAAAAGAAUGGGUUUAUGAGAUCAUUUCAAGAAGACAAGACUCCACAAUCUCGGUCAUAUCAGGAGUCUCAGACAAAAAGUCUAUGGUACUGCUGUAUAAUAAGCCAAAGAGUGUCACGAAAUAAACAUCUGACAUUCUUUAUUGAGAUUACGUUAUAGGUCGACCUAUCAGACAGGUCAUGUAUUCAACGAUCCACUAAUUAAAUCCACAUGAUAAAGUAUACGUCUAGACUCGUAGUUCAUCAACAGAAAGUUUGACUUUUGACUCAAUUUAUUAGUUUACUGGGAAUAGUCAGAUAUAAAAAUUAUUAGCACCGCGACUUAGUGUUUGUAACAGUCAGUUUUCAACCCGUAAAUGUGUGGUCUCAACUCCAACCACUUAACUUUGGUUUUGACAGCCACACAUAAUGCUGCUCAAAUCUGAGUACUUGAUAACUAAGUCAAGUUAAAUUUAAUUUCUCCGAAUUACAAACCAAACCUGUCUAGGUAACUUCUUUACCCUUCACAGGUUUCGAUACAUACCUUGUGAUUGAAUAAACAAUUAUUUAUAUGUUCCAGUAAUCACAAUCCAUUAUUUGCUAAGUAAAAUACUACCAGCAAGAAACCAAACAAAAGAGUAAAGAUAAGGGCGAUGGUAUAGUAAAUUUCAAUCUCUUAUUUGAUCAAAAUUAUAAUAAUUAUGUAUAAUAAUUCUCUAUCUCUGUUCCCAUAUUACUUAAAAAGCGCUUGUGGCGUCUCUCGUAGCGUGACAAUAACUUUGGCCUAUCUGAUGACCAUAACAAAUAUGCCUCUACCAAAGCUCGUUAGAGCAGUUGUUGGUGCAAGACCAUGCGCUUGUCCGAAUAGUGGAUUUUUGGAGCAAUUGAUAGAGUAUGGCAAGUCUGGUGCUGCUGCAAAAGUUCGACGUGAACUAAUCGCAUGUUAUGGUGAAUGGCCAAAGGAAAAAAUGAAUGCUGAUAUUGCUGUACUAACAGAACUGCUACUCAAACCAGAGCAUACUACCUGUAUUGGCGCAAGUGGUGGUUUCACAUUGCCGGAUGAUAUUACAGAAUAUAAUGAUGAUGAUAAUGGUAACAACAAUCAACAAGGAUCUCUUAAUAAUCCCUUAAAUCAACAAAAUUCACAAAAAAAUAAUAUGAAACCGACUAGUUAUACAAUCUAUUCAAAUAAACCAUUACAUAUACAAAGAAUACUUGCAGAGAGUGAAGAUAAUAAUCCAGCAUCGUCAUCAUCAUCAGUAUAAAAUACAAUAUUAACGGAAAAUAAACUAAUUUUAUAAAUAACUACGGUUAUUCAAAUUUGAUAUUUGUUAUUUAUUGUCAAUAAUCACUUACCACUGAUAUAUGUGAUUAAAACUGAUGUAAACCGUCUGUAAAACAAUUACUUAUUCAAUCUUACUUUAAGUUUGUUCGCUAUUCCUUUAUUUUUGUUUUAUAGAUGUUCAAACAUGUACUCUUGUCGUUACUGAAUGGUGAUGGCCUUGUUGUACACAAUUAACACUCUAACCACACCUAAUAUAUAAAUGAACUUUUAGUUAGUUUUAUUGAACAACCCGUCUCUAGGCUUUCCUUUCUUUUUGGUUUCCCUUGCAUUUGAUAUUCAGUUGUUUUUUUCAUAGCCAUAAUGUAAAAAACAAAAGAAUCAAUGCUAUGAUGCACAUACUUUCUCUAUCGCACUUUUUAAAAUCAUAAUGCCUUUGAUAUAUAUCCGUUGAUUUUUACAAAUAUAUCUUAAUUACUGGUGAAUUGAACAAUCAUUUCUGUAAUAUUAAUGUGAAUAAUCUCAUUUUCUAAUGUAUUUUCCUUUUUGAAAACUUUCAUAUAGAAAAGCCCCUUCGGAUUUUCAUUAUCUGAAUGUGAUAAACCAAGCCCUUUUUAAAAUAUAUCAUGUUGUUCCAGUGAGUCGUAACCUGUUUAACAAGCAAUCAGAUGCCACUUUUCUGAUAUAUAUAAAGUAUCCCUAUUUUAACUUUAAAAAUACAACUUGAAUGGCG